GUCCAGUUUCGGUACAACGAAAAGCCAAAAUAUAUAUCCAUUGUGGGUUAACGUUCACAUCCAGUUAAAAGACUGUUGAGGAGAACUGUGGAUUUUCCUUCCGAGUUAGACCUAUGCAAAAUUCUAUCAAAUGAAUGAUCGUUUGUUGUCAUUUGUCAUCAAUUCUAUCAAAAUGAAAUGCAUAAAUACUUAGUACAGUGAUUGAUUUCUCCAUGCUGUUAUUUUUAUAAUCAUUCGGGGCUCUAUUGCGAGUUUUAGUUCCGAAUCCGAAAUUUCAUUACGCCCAGUAAAAGCACACCGCACAGCGUACGUCUUUCAAUUCCAUCGCUGACAUCUUCACAUGUUCGCGCGUCGGAUAUUUACAGUAGAUAGCGCUGUUUCAGCUUUCGCGCGAAUUGCUGUGUCACCACGUGGUGUUAAAUCUUAGGUUUCAUACGCGUGAGUGUGCGUGUAAUUUCUAUGAAACCGACUCGAUAAUUUUACAAAAGUGUUGUUGACAUUCGAAAUCACGCCUGACUUAUUCGAUCUAAACAUGGCACCCAUGCCGAUGACUGACAAAGGUUUGAUUCGAGCUGUGAAGAACUACCCUUUUCUUUAUGACAACAAUAACGCGUCUUUCCACGACACGAAGAAGCGAGACGGUGCAUGGAUGGAAAUAGCGUCUAAAUUCGAUAAAACCACAGGUCUCGUGUGCAAGCGUCGAUGGCAAGUGCUCCGGGACUGCUUCCGGAAGCAACUUCGGAAGAGGCGCCUCUCGCAGGGCGCCGAGUGCGGAAAGAAGUGGCGCUACGAGGUGGCCAUGGACUUCCUCGUCCCCUUCAUCACGGAGCGGAACCCGGACAAGUGCUCCAACGUCUCCUCGCUCGCCUAUGUGCCCCCCGAGAACGAAACCGAAAAUGAAAACGAAAGCGACGAGCAGUCCUCGGAGUUUAACCCCGACUUCGAUGGCGAUAUCAAGUACGCGAUUCUGAACGCGGCGAGUGGCGAGUACCUGCCCCAGAACGCGGAGGGGCUCCUGGCGAGUUGCGCAAAGGAUCGAGAAGAGCAGGGCAUCAAAGCGACCGUGCAGAAGAACGAAAGCAACCUCGAGAGGAGGAACAUGAAGCGCUGCAUCGAGGAACUGACUGACGUCAUCACGACGCCGCUGCCGUCAUCGUCGUCCAAGAGGCCACGAGGAGACUCGGAAAAGCCGCGGGACGAUGACGCACUUACGUUGUUUUUCAGAGCGAUGGCUGAAACCGUCCGUACCUUCAAGUACCCCCUGCAGAUCGAGAUCAAAGGCAAAAUUGCCAACCUCGUCAACGAGUAUGAGCUCAGGAAUCACACCGGUUGAUCGCGAGGCAAA